AUGCCUACUACUCCACUUGACUUACCAGACUACGAAGUCGUGCCUGGGACUGUCUACCUCAUCGAAGGCUCCCAUCAAGCCGGCGGUGUUCAGGACAUCAUCUUGCUACCACCUCCCUCGUCCGAUUUGAAAGACCCUCUCAGAUGGUCACGAUGGCGAAAGGCUUAUCACCUCUUCUUACUCGUUACCUACAGCUCCGUCCUUGGUGCCCUCACGAACUGGGAGUCACCAAUCUACAUCGAUCUCGGCCAGCACUACCAAACAAAAGUUGACAAUCUAAACAUCGGCUCAGCAAUAACGAUCCUCAUGCUCGGUGUCGGUAACGUCGUCUUCGUCCCUCUAUCCAACAAGCUCGGCCGCCGUACAAUCUACAUCUGGACCCUCCUCCUCGUCCUCCUCUCCCAAAUCUGGCUCGGCCUCUCCACCACCAUCGGCGACUUCCAAGGCGCCCACGUUCUCCUCGGUAUAGGUGCCGCGCCCUUCGAAGCGCUUGUUGCCAUCUCAAUAUCGGACGUCUGGUUCGCGCACGAACGAGGGUCGAAACUGGGAGCUUACGUUUUCGGUCUGGCGUUUGGGAGCUUCGUUGGUCCAAUUUGUGCUGGGUAUAUGUCGACGAGCCAAGGGUUUAGAUGGAUUUACUGGUGGGGGGCGAUCUUGACGGGAAUGCUGUGGGGAUUGUUCUCCUUUACGUUUGUGGAGAGUCGGUUUGUUAGGGUGGGGGGUACGGUGAGGUCUGGGGUCGUUGUGGUGAGGAAGGAUGCCGGGCUUUCCAGUCCUUUACCAGUGUAUGGCGAUGAUAAAACUGCACAGCUGCAACAGGAUAUCAACCUAUCCCCACGAGCCGGCGAAGUCCUCGAAUCAGACCACUGGUCAUUCCAAGCCAGCCUCUUCAAAACAUACCCCGACCCCUGGCCCCAAAUCAUCAGCGAAUUCUGGCGACCCCUCAAAGUCUCUAUCCUCCCCGCCGUGUUCUGGUGCGGCCUCAACUACGGCACCUGCGUCUCCUGGCUCGCCGUCAUGGCCACAACCAUUGCCGAAGUCUUCGCCCCUCCUCCUUACUCCUUCACCAACAACAACCUCGGACUAAUCUGGAUAGCGCCCAUGAUCGGCUCCCUCAUCGGUGCCUACUUCUCCGGUCCCUUGAACGACCGCUUCACCCUCUAUCUCAGUAACCGCAACCACGGCUGGAGCGAGCCAGAGUUCCGCUUAUGGGCUUUCAUCCCUAGCGCAAUCAUCAUGCCGGCGGGUUUGAUCUUGUAUGGUGUGACGUCGGCGCAUGGGAUGCAUUGGAUUGUGCCGAUUGUGGGGACGGGGUUUGUAGGAUUUGGAUUGAGUGUGGGUGGGACUGUAAGUAUGAGUUACAUCAUUGAUUGUUACAAGGAGAUUGAUACGCAUGCGAUUACGACUAUUAUUCUGAUCCGCAAUCUGGUGGGCUUUGCAAUCACCUGGGCGAUUCAGCCUUGGAUUAAUGGGAUGGGACAGCAGAAUGCGUUCAUCUUGGUGGGCGUGCUGAGUUUUGUGAUUACGGGGUUUGCUGGGGUGUUCAUUGUUUUUGGGAAGGCAUGGAGGAGGGCAAUGUCAGAGUUGUGUGCUAGGCUGGCUGCUGAGGCACCGGCAGCGUCCAUGUGA